UUUACCUCCUGGAUCAAGACCAGAAUAAAAGACGAGACAGAAAUCCCCGUAUUUGUGGAACUGGCAUCAAUUUCUGCCACUAAAAAUGACAUGUGUAUCGAUACAGUGAGUUUCUUCCGUGAUACCAUGGCUGCUUUUGCCCCCAUCAGAUUAGACCCGAGUCCCACAGCUGAGUUUGACCCGUUCGCUGCAGCUCCAUCUUUCGCCAGAGAAGCCAUCGCAAAAGACAGUGAACUUCCCAAGAAGCUGAAAGAUUCCUGUGACAACAGAGAGUGGAUAAAGAUGGUUCACGACUCUCAUGGCUCUGUGGAGCAUUCUUUGAUCUCUCAAGCCGGAAGCAUCAACAGAAAUGGGGUUUUUUACCAUCUCGGCACCUUCAAAAUUCAAGGCUAGGCUAGAAGACUGCGUCUCAUUGUGACUGCUCAAUGACAGCGAGGAGAGCACAUCUCCAGCAGACCAAAAGACCAAGAAAUACAGUUUGUCUCAGCUCGUGGCACUCCAGAAUGAGCUGACGUUGGUGGCCACCAAGGUUGAGCAAGGCAGGGAGGAGGCAAACCGUUUCCUGGAGCUGUGCUGUCUCCUGCCUGAUGUCAUAAUGCACCUUCAAAUGAUGCGGGCUGAUGUCACAGGGGGAUGCCCCACAUCACAGGGAGGUCUCCCCAGCGCCACGUGGGUGCUGGCAUUUCCCGGCGAGGCCUGGGAGCUGCUGGGCACUGCUCAGGGGCUCUCCACUGCUGCCCUUCGGAGCUGCUCCACAGCCAGGAGCAGGGUCAGGAGGCAGCGGGGCUGUGCUGGGGGACCCUCGCUGACAGGCAGAGCGGAGGCACGUCAGAGAGGAGUUUUGGGAGAGGAGCUGCGAAGAGCAUCCCUUUCCCUGAGCUGAGGGCAAGCAGCCAGCGCGAUGGAGGGCUGCUGCACCGUGGCCGUCAGCUUGGAGCUGAGCAGCUCGUUCC